UCAAACAUAACUCUUUCUCUCUCUCUCUAUAAGCAUUGGAAAGAACGAUCUUAGCCAAGCCAAGCCAAGGCCGGUCCAAUGGCGUCCUCAUUACCGAACUUGGAAGACGUUGGUUCUAUAGAUCUGAUGAAUGAGCUUCUCCGUCGCAUGAAGUGUUCCACCAAAUCCGACAAACGCCUCAUUCUCAUCGGUCCACCUGGGUCUGGAAAGGGCACCCAGUCACCAAUUAUCAAGGAUGAAUACUGCUUAUGCCACUUAGCUACAGGUGAUAUGCUGAGAGCUGCUGUUGCUGCUAAAACUCCUCUAGGAGUUAAGGCCAAAGAGGCUAUGGAAAAUGGACAACUUGUUUCUGAUGACUUGGUUGUUGGAAUCAUCGGUGAAGCUCUAAAGAAGCCUUCUUGUCAAAAGGGUUUCAUCCUCGAUGGUUUCCCUAGGACCGUGGUUCAAGCCGAGAAGCUUGAUGAGAUGCUUCAAGAUCAUGGAGUUAAGGUUGAUAAGGUGCUCAAUUUUGCGAUUGAUGACUCAAUCUUGGAGGAAAGGAUCACUGGUCGUUGGAUUCAUCCGGCUAGUGGUCGAAGCUACCACACCAAAUAUGCACCUCCCAAAGUUCCUGGAGUGGAUGAUGUUACUAGUGAGCCAUUGAUUCAACGAAAAGAUGACACUGCAGCCGUCCUCAAGUCAAGGCUGGAGGCAUUUCACAGACAAACAGAACCAGUGAUAGAUUAUUAUAACAAGAAGAAAAUUGUUGCAAACCUUCAUGCUGAGAAGCCUCCAAAGGAAGUGACAGUUGAAGUCACGAAAGUGCUGUCUUCUUGAAUGUAAGCUACUGGUUUUUUUUUUUUCUUUAUUCACAUUAUUAUUCCAUAAGAACAAAAAGUUAAGCUCAAUUGGAUAUACGAGCUAGUAUUUGUUGUUUUGCUUAUUUAUGGGGUCCAUUGAUAUGUUCUUCUUCCCCUACUUUAAGCACUUUUGGCUCUUUUGCUGCCUUGCAUUUGAACUGAUUUUUGUAUUAGGAAAUAAGUGAACCUCACUUUUGCCAUUUA